AUGAAAGCUCUCUUCGGCACACAGGAUAAGUUUGCCGCGCUUCGGACGAAGAUUUUCACCGAGUCCAUUGAGAGCUCCAACGAGCCAAGAUGGGGCUACUUCGGCAUACCUGGCCCACUGGCCAUCGGAGACAACUCAUAUGCACCGAAGCUGAUGAAAAAGCCUGUGUCAGACGAUGACGAGGAGAUCACGAGGAACAUCCAGACAGCUCCAACAAAGAAAGGAACGACACCUGACGUGUAUUUCAAGUUCGAGACGCCUUUGGGCCUUGGCGAUCCGUACACCGACCCCGGAGCAGCCAUGAAAAAGGGGAAGAUUUGGAUGUUGGAUCCAGAUGCUGCUUUCAAGCCGCCGGGAACGGUAAAGACUGGUAUCAACAAGCUUGGCUACGAGUAUGUGGAACAUUGUGACCAAGUGAAGGACCCCAAGGCAAUCAAGGAGAAGUAUGCGGAGUACGUUCCUCCUCGCAACAUUUUCGGUGGAAACUCGAAGAGAGGCGGACCUGGAGUUCUCACAGGGGGGGUACUCUUUGGCUUCGGGGAGCCGGGUGCAUUUCCAGAACAUGUUCCAGAUGAUUACGAUGCUGCUAGGAAACAGCGCAAGAAGGAGUUGGAAGAGCACCACAGCAGGAUUCAGGAGCAGCCCUUCAAGGGCAUUGACUACGGCAAUAAGUUCUUCCAAAGCAACGAGGAGGCCUUUGGAGGAUACGAGCAACCGACCCACGUGCCCCGGGAUCCGCCACCUGACACGGCUGUGAAGUACCCGCACGAGUCGCCCUUCCGACCUGCUAACCCGAUGAAAAGAGAUGCAGUGGGCUGCCUGAUGGGUGGAAUCCCAGAGUAUAUUCCGUGCCCAGAGGAGCCUCUCAAACGAAAGCCAAAGGACGAGGAUGCACCGCCUGCGUUCAAGGUUGGUGCUCCACGGUAUGUGGCAAAGCCAACACCAUCCGUCACCACGCUUACCCGCAACAUGCGAAAUGAACGCCCGUCAAGUUUCAUGCGUCCGAUGCUGGCCUGGAUAUUCAGUACUUGUUUUUGGCAUUCCCUAGGGCGAUGGGCCGAAUUCUUUGGCAAAGUUCGGCCAACCCCUUGUUUGGCAGAUGUGGUCCCAUCUGUCUCAUCCUGUUUCGAAGGCUGCCUCCCGAGACUUGCUGGUAUGAAUUUUUUCAAAACCAGGACUUCGAUUAUGGGGACGCCGAAGGAAGCGACCAACCAUUUUGAAGACGGUCCCACGUGA